UCUGCGUCGCGUGCGUCUACGUAAAGCUGGCGCUCCGGUUUCCCUGGCGGAGAAGAUGGCGGCUCCGGGACCGGGGGAGUACUUCAGCAUCGGGAGCCACGUCUCUUGCCUCACCUGCUUAGGUCAGCGUUUGCAGGGAGAGGUGGUGGCUUUCGAUUAUCCGUCCAAGAUGUUGACUUUGAAAUGUCCUCCCUCCAGCGCGAAGCCCAACCUCAGUGACGUCAUCUUGGUUAACUUAGCCUAUGUUUCAGACGUGGAUGUUAUUAAUGACCGCACUGAGACUCCUCCUCCUCUAGCAUCCUUGAAUAUUAGCAAGCUUGCCAGUCGGGCAAGAACAGAAAAGGAAGACAAGCUGUCCCAAGCUUAUGCAAUCAGUGCUGGGGUGUCAGUUGAGGGCCAGCAAUUAUUCCAGACUAUACACAAAACCAUCAAAGACUGUAAAUGGCAGGAGAAGAACAUCAUGGUUAUGGAUGAUGUCGUAAUCUCGCCACCAUACCAGGUGGAGAACUGCAAAGGCAAAGAGGGAAGUGCUCUGAGUCAUGUACGCAAAAUUGUUGAGAAACAUUUUAAAGAUGUGGAAAGCCAGAAGUCGAUGCAGCGCACACCAGCACAGCAAACACAGAAGGACUCGUCUCUAUCCUCCUGAGUGGGGGGUAUGGCUCGUCUGGGGAGGGCACCGCGGGCAUCCAGGGCCUAAGAGCUGGUGCAAGCCAGCGCUCGUCUCCCCCUCUGCGGCGCAGUCCGAGGGUGGAUGCACCAAGGGCCUAGGGUCUGGAAGAUCAACAAAAGAAACACACACACACACAAAAAAACAUUAAAAAAAAAAAGCAAAAAUGUUUUAAG